GGGACUUGUUCGGUACUCGACGCAUUCGACCGCGAGAGAAAUUCGACGAGAGCUGGAAUUGUGCUCCCCUCGCGUCGACCAGUGAGUGUGCAUCAGAAAUGGCGGGGUGCGUGAGUGCUGGGAGUCUGGUUUGUGCGUCGUCGGCAGCCAUCGCUUUGCCGAGUCGCUGCGCCGUGAAGGUCCAAUGUGGCCAGCAGCGAGUGAGCUUCAAGUCCAGCUUCGUCCAUUCUCUGCGCCACCAACACCAACGAACCUCCUCCCACGUCGCCCGACAAGCUGCGGUGGCCGAGCUCUCGGAUUUCGCCGUGCAGGAAUCGGCAAAGUUCCGCGAAGGAUUAUUACAACAAUUGGAAGCUAAUCCCAUCACUGCCAGUGAGAAAGCCAAGAUUGCGGAUGUUUGCACCAAGAUUUUCGGAGAUUAUAUGGACCAGUACGAGGGCUCGUUGUCACCUUCUCCGUUUGGAGAGAUGAAGGAAGCCUUAGAAAGCGAAAACUUGCCCGGCAGCAAUGUGGCAGUUUGUGCUGCGCUGGGUUGGUCAAGAGGGCACCUUCAUCGCGACUGGAAGAUGUCGAAGGAGAAGAAGUGAGCUAGAGUUUGUCACACUUGUGUCGAGCUUGUUCACACGGUGUUUCAAAAGGCUAGACAUUAUCUUACCCAAUACAGGCUGUACACUGGCUGGCACACAAUUUUGUAGGACCAUCUUUGUAAAGGUUUCAGUUUUUCCC